UGUCGGUGAUAAUCGGUCAACAAGAGGACCUGAGGGAGGCAGCAGGGCGCAGGGCAGCAUGUUUACAGCUACUUACAGCGCUAAUUAGUUGUUCGGAACGAUUAACUCGCUUUAUUUGAUUUGUUCGGUGACACUGAGCUCGUUUCGGGGCGGUCGUCGACAAUGUUUUUGUGCCGCACGGGGAGGCUGUCUGCAGCGGCUCUGGAUCAGGCUUUCAAGUGCUCGUUCCUCGUGCAAGUCAAAGCAAACAGACUGAGGGACGUCACUUUGACAUUACGCAAGGGUAACACGUUUCAGCAAUACCGGUGUUUUUGUGUAAACGUCGGGGGUUUCGAUGCAACUCCUGCGCAGCUAGGGAAACAACAACCGGACCCACAACCCGUCCAGAGGCUGGACUCGUCGCGUGCUUUUGAGUGGGGACACUUAGACCGGGUGGCUACGAUAGCUGUGAAUCUCUCCAAGCGCGUGCAAAGUGAAGGCGGUAAUGUAGAUAUUAUCACGCAGCCGCUAGUGCAUGCAAACAGGCGCCACGGCAGCAGAGGAGAGCUGGUUAGUAAUGGUUUGUUUACAGGUGACUGGGGGGUUUCCAGCCGACUCUGCUCGACAGGGACAAUGCAGACCAGAGCCUUAUCCACGAAGAAGAGCGACGCCGGCGAGGAGCAGACAGCUAACAACAAAAGGGAUGAGCAACAUUCAAAAGAGGCCUCCGCUGCCUCCUCAUCUACAGCGAAGGCCCCGGGGGAGCCGGAGCCAGAGGAAGGAAAACCAAACAAGACGCAGCAGCUGAAGAAAGUCUUUAAAGAGUAUGGAGCGGUGGGAGUUUGCUUUCACAUCGGGAUCUCCCUCAUGUCCCUGGGAAUGUUCUACCUCCUUAUAUCCAGUGGGAUCGAUAUGGCAGCUGUGCUGUGCAAAGUGGGCUUCAGCGAAGCAGUUGUUCGGUCAAAAAUGGCAGCAGGGACAAGCACGUUCGUCUUGGCCUACGCCAUCCACAAGCUCUUUGCUCCAGUGCGCAUAAGCAUCACUCUGGUGUCCGUGCCUCUCAUCGUGCGCUACUUCAGAAAGACUGGUCUUUUUAAACCGCCUACACCUGCACCCUGAUGACCCUCCUCUGCUCCUCUGCCACCUCAUCAAGCAACAAACACCCUGACUGUUAAUAGCCAUAAUUAAAAAUGCCUGUACAUGUCCUUACUCAUUUGCCUUCGUCUAGAAAUGCCUCAUUGUUUCUGAGUUGUCAUUGUGAAUUCAGGUGAAACAUUGCGUUCAUUAGUUCCAGCUGCAGUAGAGUCAAAGUAUUCAGUUGUGUUACUGUACGAUUAAAACGUCUGAAGAGUAAUGGCUCUCUGAAAAACA